AAAACGUGCCCUGGUGUGGAGGUGAUGAGUAAUGGGGGUCUUGGAAUUGCUCCAUGGGAUGGUGGAGAAUCAGCUCUGGAGUUUAGGAGGUUGGAGAGGGGCGGGAUGCGAGGACGCUUGGAGGCAUUCAGGAGGAGAGGACGGAACACACAGAGGGCCUCCUUCUCUUUCAGCUUUUUAAUUGCCCUCUCUCCUCACACAGUAGAUUACUGCUCCUCCUAUGAACUGUUCAAUAGAUGGUGGCAUGGGCACAGCCUGGCUACACAGUGGCCAGGCCUCUUUAUUCUGAUGUUAGUGUGAUUAGGGAGUCUGCCCUUGUUCUGUUCCCUGGGAUCUGAGCAUGUGGGAGCAGGGCAGAUGGGUGGCAGGAGGCCAGGGGUUGGAUCAUGUUUCCCCGAAAUGCUGGGAAGCAAUAAGCCUCCUCCCCCCCUCCACCCCCCCCACCAUUUCUCUGGAGAUUAGGACUUGUUCUCACAGCUGGAGGAAGCUCAACAACCUUCCUGAGGGCAAUGAUUGUUUGAAAGGCUUAUUUUGUAAGGAAGCCAGGAUGAAGAUAUGAGUUUGAUGAGCUAAAACAAUUCCUCACUUGGUCUGGAUUUCUGGGCCAGGGGAGUAGGUGGAAUUCACUUCUCUAAACGAAUAAGCCCAUCCAUCUCUUUUAUUCAGGAACAGAGACAGAAAGAAUGCUUGGCAUGGCAUGCC